UUCCCGGGGCGGGUUCCCGGCCCAGCCCCGGGCAGGCUGUGCGGGCGCGGCGGCGGCUGAGGCGGGCGGAUGGCGGCGGAGCGGGGCGCGGGGCUGCGCAUCUUCCGCGAUAUAUUAAGAAGAGCAGACAAGAAUGAUGAUGGAAAACUGUCCUUUGAUGAAUUCAAAGCCUACUUUGCUGAUGGAGUGCUGAGUGGAGAAGAGCUGCAUGGACUUUUUCGCACCAUUGAUACAGACAAUACUGAGAUCUCAGGAAACAUUUGGGCAAUCACACAUCAUUAAAUGGCAUAAAGAAGCAGUUACCAGAGGGUCCACGUUCAGAUGCCCUCCCUCUGCCAGUGGAAGGAAAGAUUUUGCAUUGAUGCAGAAGGGAUCAGGUCCAAGCUGCUACAGCCACAUCUCCAGCAAUCUUGACACAGAAGAGCUCUGUGAUUAUUUUUCAAAGCACUUAGGAGAAUAUGAAAAUGUUUUAUCUGUCUUGGAAGACUUAAACAUAAGCAUACUGAAGGCAAUGGACAAGACAAAGAAAGACUAUCAGGAAGCUUCCAAUGUGGAGCAGUUUGUGACUCGCUUUCUUCUGAAGGAGACCCUGAACCAGCUGCAGUCCCUCCAGGGCUGCCUGGAGUGUGCCCUGGACACCACGGAGCAGCAGAGCCGGCAGGAGAGGAAAGAUCCAACAAAACCAGAAGUGCUCUCAGUUCAGUGGCCAGGAAAACGCUUAGCUCGAAGGCUUCAGAGGAACAACAGCCUGUCAUCAAAUAACCCUUGUUCUAGCACAGGUUGGAUUGAGGAAGACAGCCAGUGGGUGAUCCAGAUAAACAGACUCCAGAAGCUAAUUGAUAGACUGGAAAAGAAGGACCUAAAGCUUGAGCCACUUGAAGAGGAAGUUUUGGAAGAAAAUCCAAGACCUCACAUAAUGAUUGUUCAGCAUCAAAUGUCUGUGAUAGAAGAAAAAGUGGAGGAAUUCCGUCUUGCUCUGAAGCAGUACGUGGGAUCUGCUUCUGCUCAAGGUGGCUGCUUGCAUGUUUCCAUACAGAAGCUUCCAAGUAAUUUCCACUUCAUUGUUUAUGAGUUCUGGGAAAACAGCAAUGCCUGGAAUAGCCACCUUCAAAUGAGUUACAGCAAGGCAUUCCAAAGAAGUAACGUGGAUUUCUUGAAGACUCCAGAGCUCAUCACAACAAUGCUAGUCCCUGCAUCAUGGUGGGUCCUCAAUAACAACUAGAAGCUGUGGUUCCAAGUAAUGUUAAUAUUGUAUUCUCUUUCAUUACAUUAACAUCAUAUUGCAGUGUACAGGUGAAUUUAUGAUGUGAUAACAUUUGUUAUUAUGGAUGGGAUCUUUCCCACUUUAUCCAUUCUAAAAUCUGGAAAACUGCACAUUUAUUAUCUUUUCUUCUUGUGACUAGUUCAGUGAAAUGAUGCAUUCUAAAAACUGAAAUAAGACAACUAUGAUAAACUAUUUAUUUGUGACAGUCCACUGCAUUA